AUUGGCUAUUGAAAUGUAUUAGUUGAAAACGGGAGAGUGGUGAAAUUAAUGAUUGGGUUAUCGUAAUAAAGUAGAAACGAGUGUGAAAAAAAAAUGUAUUGGGUAUUGAAAUACGCCAUUAACGUAGACACGGGAUUAGGUAUUAAAAUAUGUUUUCGAAUAGAAACAAGGUGUGGAGAAUGUAAUGAUUAGUAUUAAAUAUAUAUCCGUUUCCAUGGCGAUGAAGCGCGACAAUUUCAAGGUCACUCCGAUGUAAACAAAAAGUUGCGUCAUCGUCAUCACGCCUAGGCUUUCUUGAGAUAUCCCAGCCUGCCCCGCGGACUGGGCGUGGUAAUAUUAUCUCAGCUUUAGAGUGCUGGAAGUAAUAGGAGAGUUGACCGUGGUGGGAGUGUAAUGGAUCUUACCAAUAGCAUCUUAUGCUAUUUUGUUGUCCUUCUCAGCCCCUAUAAUGUUGGGAGGCCUGGUGGGGCAGCAGGGCUUACUGGUGGGGAACGCAAGAAGUGAAAUUUUGCCUUCGAGAAAAAUCUACGGAGAAAGCAAAUCGUCAAAUUAGCGAACCCACACACAGCAGGGUUCACCAUUCUUUACUACAAGAUUAUUGGGUGUUCCGUGGAUGGUGCACCCCUGGCCACCAUGAGUUGCCCAGGAGACCCAUUUACCUACUACAAGAUUGAGGUGCCCACAGUGGUUGGUCAGCUGCGAAACAUUCUCACACAGUACCCUGACAAUGGGCAGAUCAUCAAGGAGUUGGUGCAGAAUGCAGAGGAUGCAGGAGCAACCACAGUGGAGGUGGUGCAUGUGCCUGACCACUUCAGCUUCCCAGAGGCAUGGAAAGUGGUGCACAAGUUCCUGCAGGGACCGGCAGUCAGUCUCUACAACGAUGCAGUCUUCUCGGAGGAGGACUGGCAUGGCAUUCGGAAAUUGAGUGAGAGCAUCAAGAAGGACAAUCCAUUACAAGUGGGACAGUUUGGCCUUGGAUUUAAGUCUGUCUUCCACUUAACAGACUACUUGAUGAUCAUCAGUGGGCAGCUGGUGCUGUUCAUGGACCCCAGCGAACCGGAGGAGAGGAUGUGUCGCUGCCUCCCCCUGCAGCAGCUGAGUGAGGUGUUCCCAACUGCAUCUGUGCAGCACGCCUUUGGUCACCACCUGACGCCACAGCAGCAGGCCGCGGGCAGCUUCCCGGGCACGCUGUUCUGGUUUCCUCUGCGGCAGACUCCCUCAAAGAUAUCGGACACCGUAUACACCGCGGAGCACGUGAAGUGGCUGUUUGACUCGUUUGCAGUGGAGGCAGGUGUGUGCCUCACCUUCCUCAAGUCCCUGGAGAAGAUAACCAUUGGGCAGUUGAAGAGCCAGAAGGUGAUAGUCAGCCACUGCAUGGAGGUAACCAGCUCCAACAUGACCAGGAUGAGGAACAUGAGGCAGGCAUUCAGACAGAAUUUGCAGCAGUGCAAGGGCUCCCCAUCCCAGGCUCUCUCCUGCUCCUAUGACGCCACGCUUCACACCAGCAACCACAGAGACAACAGACGCCAGCAGGACAUGAGAAUCCUGCACUUCUUACCAGGAAAGAAGGACACUGAGUGGAUUAAGUGGGGUGGAAAAGACACCAGUAAACAUAUUCCUCUGGUGGGGGUUGCAGUACCCACCUCCACACCGGCAGAAGCCACAGGUCACAUCUUCAGCUUCCUGCCUCUGCCACCAGACUCGACCAACCAGACUGGCCUUCCAGUCCAGGUCAAUGGGGCCUUUAUCCUCAACCAGAAUCGAAGACAGGUCAAGUGGAGGACCAGUGAGAGCAGCAAGGAGGCAGAUGUUAUGUGGAAUGAGGAGCUGGUGGUGAAGGUGGUGGCCAAGGCAUACACAGUGCUCCUGGAACAGCUACUGAAGGAGGCCACGACUGGCAGCAUUGAUGCCACGACUUGGUACACCUUCCUGCCAGACCUUAGCGCAGUGGCAGGCAGGUGGCUCAAGAUGGGAAAGAAAGUGUGGCUGGAUCUUCUUACUCAAGACAUCAUUUCUUCAGAGGUGAAUGGGUUCCUUGCGGUGGAGGAUGUCCUCUCCUCCAACGACCUUGAUGCCCUCAAUCCCCCGGAGGUCGCCAACACGGUGAAGAAAGUGCUGUGCUCCCAGUCACUCCCCCUUGCAACACUACCACAUCAUGUUCUUCAGUCCUUGUGUCUUCUGGAUCAGGAACCAAGCCCAGUCACACCCAGACACCUCCGCAGCACGCUCAAAAAAUGCAGCACACUGAAGAAGUGGAAUCGCGAACACCUCCUCUUUUACAGCGCCAAAGAUGGGGAUUAUGGCAAUCUCCUUGGCCUCCCCCUUCUGCCCCUUCAGGAUAAGACGUGGGAGAGAUUCAGGUUUGGGGGCGAGGCAGUGUACCUGUGUUCCCGCAAGGAGGCAGAGGCACUACAGGGGCUGGAGGGGCAGGUGGUGAAUAAUAAUGUGGCUCCUUCAGUCCUGAAAAUCUUGCAGGCAGUGGCAGAUUCUGGGGCGACUCAAGUGUGCCAUUUUCAAGCCAAGCAGCACGGGCCCAAGCUGCUGCAGAAGAGUGUCGCCAGCAUGCAGAAACCGCCAGCCGACUUCCCAGGAUGUUGAGCAGUGGCUGGCUGAAGUGUGGAAGGUCCUACAGCAUGUCAGGCUGCCAAGUGUAGAGGCAUAUCCCACUCCUGCCCACCUCCCAGCCCCCUCAGGUACUGGACCUUACCUCCCUGGCCUCCCCCUUGGUGCAACAGGGAAGUGGCAAGCUGUCCAGGCCCCAGGUGGAAGUGCUCAGCCUCCUCGGGGUGGUGGUGGUGCCUGCCCUGCCAUC